UUUUUUUUUCUCCUUCUGCUUCCCUAUUUCCUAUUUCCUUUUUCUGUUUGUUCUUUUUGGGAUCUUCCUGCAUCUGCCCUUCUUCCCCUUCCCCUGCGUGACUGCGCUAUGCUCACUUUGUCCGUGUGAUUCGAUCUCCCUUUUUCAAUAACUCGACGUCAGAUCCCUGCAUCCUUGACUCAUCUCGUCUUACUCUUCCCCCAACAAUACAAAUGUCGGGCAAUCCCAACGAUCACGACCCUAAUCGUCAGGGUGAUUUAAAUCGCCAGGAUCCUCGAGACCCAAGAGAUUCAAGAGAUCCUAGGGACCCUAGAGCCACCCAGUGGAACAAUCCGGAUGAUCAGGCUUCCUACCCAUAUCCGCCGACUUCCUACCCUCCGCCACCUGACCAGGAUCGUGCCUACCAAUAUCCCCCUCCCGCACAAUACGCGCCAUCGCAGUAUCCCCCUCCUCCGCAGUACGCCCCAUCACAAUAUCCCCCGGCACAGUAUCCGGAUCCAAGAUAUCCGCAUCCGCAAGCCAUGAACGCUAUUCACGGAGCGCAAGAUCCCUACCGCCUCCCACCUCCGCCGGGUCCUUAUCGCGCCGAUGCAUAUGGACCUCAAGCAGGACAAGGGCCUUACCAGGCAGCAGCUCCGCGACAGCGGACGGCCAUUGCAUGCCGGUACUGUCGACGCCGAAAGAUUCGUUGCUCGGGAUUCGAGACCUCGGCAGAUGGACGAUGCAGCAACUGCGUUCGAUUCAACCAAGACUGCAUGUUCACUCCGGUCUCUUCACAAACCCAAGCCUUUGUGCCCGCGCACACCGCCUACCCUCAUCUACGACCUGGACAGAAUGGACCAGGACCAGGGGGCCGUGGUGGGCCACCUGUCCUGUACGGCGCUCACGGACAGCCUCUGCCUCCUCAACAGCAGCCACAAGGCCCCGAGACCACCUUGCCGCCGCCUCAAGGGAUGUACUAUCAGAACGGACGACCUCCCAUGGACGGUGCCCCGCUUCCCCUUGCGUCAACUAUGCCCGAUCCGAGACACCGACGAGGCUCCAACUCGGGAUUUGAAUACCCAGAUCCAACCAAUCUGGCUCCCGUGACACCCGCUGGGUCUGCCCCAGGAUACCAAACUCACACUACACCUAGCCCUUACGCAUAUCCCCCUCCGCCUGCCCACGAUCGACGCACCUCGCCGCCAUCGGCUUAUAACUACGAUGCACGCCCCUCCUCCUCACCUCACGGCUCGCCCUUCCCACCUAUGCAGGCCCACCAGGCGCCUAUGACUCCACACCAGACCAGUGUGCCCCCAGUUUCGGCUCAACAGGGCAGCGCGCCACUCAAGUCAAGUGGGACCCCUCAGCCAGGGGGUGUGACGCCGCCGCCAACCUCUACUCCCGGUGGCUCGCAACGAGGUGGAUUGAACGUGCGCGAUAUGCUGAACCCCGGUGAUUCUCAAGGCCGCUCCAGCACCGAUAGCGACAUGCUCAAUGCGUUGAAUCGCCGAGGCCCGCAAUAGUAAUUCUUAUGUUGCUAUUCGAUAUCCUAGUGGAAACUAGGAGGCGCAUGAAGAAUGCGAUGCGGGGCCGUUAAGGAAUGAGGACCAUUCGGAAUGGACCGUGUGCUGGCCACACGAUCCGAGAGCCAUGUGUCGGGUGCUAGAAUUUGGAAAGAAGAUUUUGAGGUCUCGUCGGACCGUUGUGGGACCGACAUUAGGCCACAAGGGGAGUUUCGGAAUGAUAUUCCAGACAAUGACGAGUACCUAGACGAUGAACGCGACAAGAACGUCACUCUAUGAUCUUUUACAAGAUCACAAAACGCGAACCCACGAGUUUCACGAGCACGAAUUUGAACUUGAUACUGAGACUUCCAGACUUAUGGGCUCUGGUUUUAUCGGCAUAUGAAUUUUUUACUUCCAUAUCUUUUUUUUCUUUUUGACCUUUCUCGGCUUCGGUAUCUCAAUAAUCGCAACUCCAAUACUUUGAUUUGCUCAGAAAGUGGUUUGGCAUGGUUUCCAGGGUGCAGUUCAUGUGCUGGUUUCAAUUGGUUCAACCCACAUCUCAUGAGGGUCUAGCAUGAAUGCAUUCUGGACUAUUACCAUGAGAUCACACUCCGGCUAUUUUUCCCGUGGAGUUCAUUUCCUAUGGGGCCGCAGACAUUGUUCGCAUUGUUAUUUGAAUUUCGGGUGGCUGUCU